CAAUCUCAAUAUAAAUCAACGAGCCUGCAACGCAAAGGCGAUUGCUACCUCACAUAAGGAACCCUCUUCUCGGUUCUUCGUCCUUUAUCUCUCUUUCCGGGUAGGCUAGGGUUUUUCUGUAGUUUCUUUCUAGGGUUUAUUCUGUGACUACUCAGGCUCGAAUCCAUGGAUCUUUCUGCCAAGAAGCGAAAGGCCGACGAGAACGGCACUGUUGCCGCUGAUGCCGCUUUAGGUUCGAAGCUUACACUAGAGGACGCGCGGAGAAUUAUCGAGCCUUUCACGCAGGAGCAGCUCCUCGACAUCCUACAGGACGCCGCUGUCCGCCACUUGGAUGUCCUCGACGCUGUUCGAGCAAUCGCAGAUCGUGACCUAACCCAGCGCAAGCUAUUCAUCCGCGGCCUCGGUUGGGACACUACUACUGAGGGAUUGCGUACUCUGUUUUCAACGUAUGGUGAUUUAGAAGAGGCCGUAGUUAUCCUCGAUAAGGCCACCGGUAAGAGUAAAGGUUAUGGUUUCGUCACGUUUAAGCACAUCGAUGGUGCUCUUCUCGCCUUGAAGGAACCAAGUAAGAAGAUUGAUGGUCGUAUGACAGUCACCCAGCUCGCUGCUGCUGGGACCUCCGGGCCUACCGCUAACGCACCUGCCGUUGAUGUCUCGUUGCGGAAGAUUUAUGUGGGGAACGUGCCGUUUGAUAUGCCGGCGGACCGACUCUUGGCGCACUUUUCGUCGUACGGGGAGAUAGAAGAAGGACCAUUAGGGUUUGAUAAGCAGACCGGAAAGUCAAGGGGGUUCGCGUUGUUUGUGUACAAGACUGCCGAGGCUGCCAAGGCUUCACUUGUUGAUCCUACCAAGACCAUUGACGGGCAUCAGAUGGUUUGCAAAUUGGCGAUUGAAGGAAAGAAGGCAAAGCCUGGCCAGCCUGCUCCGGUUGGAGCCCAAGGGGUUCAGGCUCCAACUGGGGUUCCAGGUGAAGUUCCUGGAGAUGGGCUAGGCAUGCCGCCUCCGUCUUCCAUGCCUGGUUCUCUUACAUCUCAGUACGGGGGUGCUCCAGCGGGCCUUUCUUCUUAUGGGGGAUUCUCCGGAGGCCCCCAGGGUCCGCCAGCAUUAGGCCAUCAUCACCAUCUCAACUCGCCUUUGCAGUCUUCUAUCGGUGCACCAGGAUUGUCGUCGGUCGGGACUCAGGUUCCAUCCUCAUUGGGUGGAAGCGGUGGUUAUGGUGCCGGGUUGGGAGGCCCAUAUGGUACAUCACAGUAUGGAGGGCCUGCUUCGGCUGGGUACGGUGGAUUGAGUGCUGGAGGGUCGUCUUUGUAUCGGUUGCCCCCAAGUUCAGUUGGGAUGCCUUCCGGGGGAUAUCCUGAGGGCGGGCACUACGGUUUAACGUCAUCUGCAUACCCAGGUCAGCAUCACCAACCAUCCGGGACGUCUCCUGUACCCAGAGUUCCACCUGGUGGGAUGUACCAGAGCAUGCCUCCUUAUUAUUGAGGAUUGGUAAAGGGCCGAGGGGGGAGGCAUUAAAAGUGAAUAAUUGAUGCAUACUUGCAUGCUUAUUAGUAGUUUCAUUGUUUUAGUUUUCCAGUCCCACUUUGUUAUUGUCUUCACUGGUGUCCCCAGUCCCAGGGGUUGGACUUCGUAAGUGUUCUAAGCAAUUAGCAUCAUGCUAAUAAUUGCUUCUAUUAACAACUCUUGUGGUUGGUUCCAAAAUGGAACAUGUAGGAUCCUUUAUGGUAGUAAUUUUGAAGACACUAUUUUGUGCUAUCAGUUACAAAUUGUAGGUUUAUGUUCAUUUUUAACUAUUAUUCCUCAGGUUUGAUUCUUAGAUA